ACUACCUAGAAUACGCGGGGUGCGCGUAAUGAAUCUACGCAUCAUCCGCCUUGAUACGAGCUCGCCACACCCGAGACAAGCAAUGACAACGACAGAAGACGACGACGACGAGGGAUUCGGGUAAUUCACGUUCGCGCCAAUCACCGUCCAUUCAAAUCCUAAAAACCAACGGUUCCUAUCUUCAAGAUAAAAUUGAUGACGAUUAGGGCGAUUUUGUUACACCCACUUCGUUCUCCCGCUGGGAAACGCUCCCUGUCAAAUCACUGGAUCCGAUUCAUUUGUCCGUCUAUCGCCGAGCUGAUAGUUUGAUAAAUGAUGUGGCGCAGCCUGACUUGGUCCCGAGUCGGAAUCGGGUUCAGUGGGAGAAAACCAAGGGCGCGUUGCCGUUAUCGUUGUUUGGAGAGGAAGAGAAGGAGGAUGAAUCAAGUGAGCCGGGUUUAUUAUUUAAUGGUGCAAACGAGUUGAAAAAAACUGAAAAAAAGGUGGGAUCGGAGUUAAAUAUGAGCGAUCUGAUUUCGAAUUUAUAUGCUGGGAGCGAGCCGAGCAAGGUGGUAAGUGGUACGGGUUUGAAUUUGGACUCAAAUGGAUUGGGUUUGAAGAGAAGUUGAUCGAAUUUGGAUUCAAACUGUUCGAGUUUAAAAUUGGAAAAUUGGGAUUCUUAUGGGUUGAAAUCGGAAUCAAAGGGGUUGGAUUUGAAGAGAAGUGUGUCCAAUUUUGAAAUAAACGGGUCGAGUUUAAAAUUGGACGAUUGGGGUUCUUAUGGGUUGAAUUUGGAUUCAAAAGGGUCGGACUUGGAGGGAAGUGUAUCGAAUUUGGGUUUGAAUGGCAUGGAUUCGAAGAUUAAUUUGGAUUCAAAUGGAUUUAAUCCAGUUUUAGACGAGGAUGAUGAUGGGUGCGAAUUUAAGGCUGUAGAGACUAAAUUACCAAACGGAGAUUUUAAUUUUAAGAGUCAACACAAGGUGAAACCUUAGAAUGUACCAAUGCCAAAUGUUGAUGGACUUAAUUCAAGUUGGAAUGUGUGUGGUUCAAACUUAAAUGGGUUAAGUUCAAGCCUUAAUGGAGUAAAUAAGGAUGCAAAUGGAUUUCGUUCAAGUUUAGUUGACAAAAGUGAGGAUUUUGAAGAUGAUGAUGAGUGGGAGUUUAAGGAUGCAAAACCAGAACCAUGGUCUGGCGAUAGGAAUAUUAAUGGCAACAACAAAGGGACUGGGAAUUCUGAGGGAGCUCAGCAGGCAUUUGUCUUUGAAAAUGGGGCACAGGUUCCUACUGGUUUGUUUGCUUCAUCAAAUGGGAUGACUCUAAAAUCUGGUGAAUUGGACUUUGGUUUUGAUUUCAGCAAAAGUUCUCUGACAUCAGAUGGUAUUAAUAGUUCGUUCACAAACAGUGAGCAGAAGAAUGAUAGUGGGGUGCAGGUUCCUACCAAUUUAUUUGCUGCAUCAAAUGGCAUCUCUCAAAAAACUGGUCAAUUUGACUUUGGUUUUGAUUUCAGCAAAAGUUCUGUGGCACCAGAUGGUAUUUCCAGUUCAUUGUCAAAAAGCUAGCAGAAGAAUGAUAAUGAAAAUGGACUAGAUUCUACAUCUGUUAUUGGCAAUGUUGAGAAAGGAGAAGCCUUAUGGGAAUUCAAGGAUGCUUUUUCAGAAACUGGAUCAAAUGAUACGGACAGAUGACAUUAAGAAGAGUCAGGGUUCGAGAGUAUCUAUCAGUGAUCUCAUAACAAGUUUGUACAAUCAAGCUGAGCAGAAAGCUCCUGUUAACCAUUCACAAAAGCCUAGUGAAAUUGGUCUUGAUUCUUUAAUUAAAGCUGUGGAUUCUAAUUUAGUAGAUGGUGAUGGUGAUUUGGAUGAUGAUUCUUGGGAAUUUAAAGAUGCUGUUUCCAGGACAGUUGAUGAACAGAUCUCAGUUCCUGGUCUUGAAGAUCCACAUGUGAAACACUCUACCAAGGUGGAGCCAAAAAAAUUGAUUGAGCAGAAAGAUUAUGCUGAUUUUUAUUCCAAACUAGAGGAUGAAUUAUGGUUUGUUGCACAGUGCCAUCUUGACAAUCUAAAGGUUGUAAGAUUUGUUCGAAAGCACAAAGUACUGCUGCUCUUAGUGGUGAAGAUGGAUCUGUAUAAUGAAUUGCACCAAGAUGGUAUUAUUUCCAUGGUUCACUCAGAGAAUCAGCCACUGACCAAUAAUCACCUUAAUGAAUUCAUUGAAGUUCUCCAGGAACCGAAGUUCCAUGUGCUUGAGGCAGAAUAUCAAUUAUCAAUGAGGCUGCUACUUGCAGAGAAAGAUUGGAGGUCAGCAAUUGAACUCCUAAAACAUGUGGCAUCAACAUCAAAGAUUCUAAAGUUGGGAUUGUGGGAGGAGCAGUCUUCUUUUUUUUCCACUUGGUUCAAAAUGGUGUCUGUUUGUGCGCAAGAGCUGAGACAUGGUGCCUUGGUUUGGAAAGAGUCUUUAGAAAAGAAUGUCUCCAGUCAAUUAUUUUCUGACCCUCGAGGCAAGCAGUAUACACUUGCACUUGGAGAGAUUUACAGGGUUGUUGAAGUUCUUGGAUCCUUGGCCAAAAUUUUGCAAGCCAUUCAUGCUACUAAGUCCUAAGUUCUGGAGCAGUGCCAGAUAUGAAAAUGGUGGUAUGGAAUGGUGAGCACUAUUUCCUACCUCUUGCAAACUUGUGGGCAAAUCUUGAAACAACUAAUCCUCCAAACUUACUGCGCCCGUAUGUUCGCUAAUAAGGAUACCAGUGGAAGUUGAAACUUUCUAUUGAGAAAUUCUGCAGCCUAAGUUGUCAAUUGAAUCCCAGUUGGAUAAUAAAGCUUCUGGGGCAUCAAUUGCAGACAAAGGGACUGUGUCUGGUAGAAAAAGCCACAGUUCGAGUUUCUGGGAACCCAGUGAACACAGUGCCUGAUUGAUCAAACAAAUUUUCAGAUUCCAUAUUGCAUUACUUAAAAUUGAUUGCCGUUGUUUUAGUGGAAGCUGUAGCAUGGCAAUUCAGUGUACAAAAAAGUUGUAUUACUUAUUUAUUUAUAUGUGAUUGGGUGGAUCAAGAGAACAGACACCCAUAAAGGAAGGGGUAACAAUAGAAAUUUUGCUUUAAAAACAGAUGAGAAUAUUAUUUUUACUUCUUUGUAAUGAUGACUGGUGAGUUAUAGAGUAAUGUUACCAAUCCUUUCAUCAUGUCAAUGUUAAGUUUGGAUAUAAACUCUUCACUCUCGCAAUGAAUUAGGGUUGUAAACAAAUUGGUUGUUUGUAUGCAAUUCAUGAUUAGAUUUGUAUGAAACCAAAUUUGAAUUAAAGUUUAAUGUUGUUCAA